AUGGAAAUGGCGAACUUGACGGACAUCAAAGAUGUCCUCUACCACUGGAUCAACAACGACGGCGGCGCAAGAGACGGCCGCGUUGGCAACACCAUCAGCAAUGGCUACUUUGAGAAGGGCGGCUGGGAGGGCUGGGCCCAAGUUGAGAUCGCCAACGUGAUAAAGGCCAAAUAUUCGGGUCUGGGCGUCACGCGCGAGGAUGGCGUCUACGAAGGCAGCCUGGCGCGAUCGGAUCUUGUGCUGGUGAACGAGGCUUCCGGCGUCCGCAACGUCAUCGAGCUCAAGUGCCAGCGUGGCAGCGCGAGUACCAACUCGAAAUGGAUCGUGCAGCAGGUCAUCGACGAUGCUGGCAAACUUCAACGGACGCUCAAGCCCGAGUUUAGGCCGGCCAAGUGUUUCGCGGUCGGCAUCGCGGUCACGCCUGACGCGAUUGCAGAAGUCAAGGACGACGCCAACUGGGGCAGCAUCCGGUGGACUGGGCAGUUCUGCAAGAAUGAACAAAUCCUCACAUUCUGGGUGGAGACGGAUGUUGAGUGA